GUUGGACAUAGAUGUGGAUGAGCUCAUCGUUUGGAAGGCAGUCUGUGAGCGCGGCGCGUGAAGGCAGGAGGCAGCAGCCAGGACCGUUUGAUGAGCAGAAGGCAGCCGGCUGAGACCAUCCGACCUGGGACUGACACCUGCUCGGGACACGUUCAAUAUGGUGUGGUCCCGGGACACCGAGGCGGAGCGCCCCCCCCUGUCCCUCAUCCUCCCGCGGCUCUACCUCGGAGCGGAGCGCGACGUGACGCAGGACCGGCUCUCCUCUCUGGGGAUCUCCUAUGUGCUGAGUGUGAGCCGCUGCAGCCCCCAGCCCUCCUUUCUGCCCCCCUCCAGAUACUUCCGCGUCCCCAUUGAUGACUCCCUGUGGGACGACCUGCUGCCCUGGAUCCCACAGGCUCUGCACUUCAUCGAUGCAGCCAUGUCCUCUGGGGCCUCCGUGUUGGUUCACUGUGCAGCAGGGAUCUCUCGCUCCCCAGCUCUGGCUGUGGCCUACAUCAUGUACACACAGGGAAUGGACCUGGACCGCGCCUACAGGUUUGUGAAGGAGCGCCGGCCCUCCAUUUCCCCAAACUUCAACUUCCUGGGUCAGCUGCAGCUCUUCCAGGCCACCCUGGGCCAGAAGGCCUCUGGAGGCGACCUCCUGGCCCAGCCGCCGGAUGACGGACCGGCAUCCGUCAGCGGCGGCGCCGACCACGCGCACGUCAGGAGCCCUCGUGGCGACAGUGAGACGUGCUACCACACAGCACGCGCCACACAGCACAGACACUCGGGUGGAAACGGGGAGCGGCAGGUUUCAAGGAAGCUUCCGGCUCUUCGUCUGACUCUGAAUCCAAUCCCGCAGCAGGCACGGGCCCCAGGCCCCCGGGAGGCCAGCGCACCAGCAGCGAAGCCCGCCCACCCGCGGCUCCCCGCCGGCCCCGCUUCUCUCCUAGAGAAACGGAAAAGACUCUCCCUGCUUCUCCCCCCCGUGAACCUUACUCCCCCCGCCUCGGAGAGCAGCGGCCAGAGAGCACACAGUAACAGCGGCUGCCCCCGGCUGCAGAUGGCAGAGGACGCCAGCAGGGAGCACGGCCCCCCCCACAGCAAGUGCAGCCCAGCAGAGGGGAAGGGGCAGGGCCUUCUGUCGCCUUUCAGCAUCACCCUCAACAAGCUGCUGGGCUGGGGGGAGAGGGUACUGCUGGGAGGGGUGUGUGUCCAGCCUGCUCUGCCGUACAGGUGCUGAAGGGGGGGGGGGGGUCUUGCUGGUAUGAAGGAUGCUGGUUGUGUCUGUUUGUGUCUCUGCAUGUUUGUUAUAUUGAACCAAACCACACAAUGUGGUUCAUACAUACAGAUGGUCUUUUAUUUAUUUAUUACAGUCCUGAAUUUAACAACUAUACAUAUGAUACACAAUCAACCUCCACACAAUGCAUCUUGUUUAUUACAUUGACAGCUAGAUUCAGCUUAUCGUAACAUGUGUAAGAUUUCCUUAUUUAUCAACAUUUGUGGCACAACGGCCUGAAAUGUGUUUACUGAUGAUUAAAGAUGCCACUUCCACCCUG